GUUUUAAAACGCUAAAAACAAAUGAUUUGCUAAUUCUGCUUCCCACCGUUCUUAUCGCUAAACCCGUCCCCCUCCAUUUCCCUUCAAAACUCCAAUUUUACGAAAAAAUAGAAAAAACCAGAUAAACGAAAAAAAAACACACACACACAUAAAAAUAACCCAAAAAAAAAACUAGCUCUCCACGCGCCGCCUCACGCACCCCGUGAUCGCAUUCUCAGGAAGCUUCUAGAACCAUGGACCCGCCCAAGCCCGUCUCCGAGGCCGAGGCCAAAACGCAGGCUUCGAACCAGACCCAAGAUCCGAAACCGAAAGCGGCCGGCGAAGCUCUGGACGGGGAUCAGAACUGGGCUACCUUCGUCAUGGGAUCAGAGGCUCAGACUCAGACCGAGGCCUCCGGGACUCCCACGGGUUCCGGGCCCAAGAAGUCGGUUCAUUGGAGCCCAAAAUUGGUCUCCGAAUCGCACAACAGUAGCGCCGGUGCCGCUUCUGAUUCGCAUCAGGGAUCCAAUCCCUACGUGGCUCCUUCCCCAAUGCUCACCUCCUCUUUCUCAUUCAAAGAUUCGGUGGAGACUGUAAGGGGCGUGUUUGGGAGGUGGAGAAAGUCGGUGGGGGAGGCUACUAAGAAGGCUGAGGAUCUCGCUGGAAACACGUGGCAGCACUUGAGAACAAGCCCUAGUUUUGCUGAUGCUGCCAUGGGAAGAAUUGCACAAGGAACAAAGGUUCUAGCAGAAGGUGGUUAUGAGAAGAUCUUCCAGUCAACCUUUGAGACAGCUCCUGAGGAGCAACUUCAAAAUUCAUUUGCAUGUUACUUAUCCACAUCAGCGGGUCCAGUCAUGGGAGUUUUAUAUGUUUCUACCGCAAAACUUGCUUAUUGUAGUGAUAAUCCCAUUUCAUACAAAGCUGAUGACCAAACUGAAUGGAGCUAUUACAAGGUGGUUAUCCCAUUACAUCAGCUUAAAGCAGUUAAUCCAUCAUCAAGCAGAUCAAACCCUGCUGAAAAGUACAUCCAGGUUAUCUCCAUUGAUAACCAUGAGUUUUGGUUCAUGGGCUUCUUAAAUUAUGAUGGUGCUGUGCAAUCCCUACAAGAAGCUCUGCAAGCCCGGAGCUCAUGUGUGUGAUAAUUAUUCUUGUGGGACACAAUUUUUGCUUUUUGCCCAUCGUAAGAUGUUUUGUAACUGAUAAAUUUAUAGAUUAAAUUAUUCAACACUGAUUUUGAUACCGUAUGCCACACUUGUGCAAAUUCUUUGAAAGUCCUGUGAAAAUGAGAUCCAGUAAUUUAACAUUUUUCA